CUGCACCCUCCGCUCAUCUCCCUCAACACUUCUUACUUCUCUUGCAGAUUUACUUUGUUCCAAAAUGGCAACUUCCUUUUAUGAGGCUCUCUUCAUUGUUGGUCUCUGUGCUCCCAUCUACUGUGUGCCCUCCAUCACUGUCUCCAGAGGAGAAUGCCUCCACCCUUCCUCCACAAAGAACAACCCCGCCUCCCAAGUGUCUUCCCACAACACCGACUUCGCCUUCCGCCUGUACAGGAGGCUGAUUUCCGAGGCCCCGAGUCAGAAUGUCUUCUUUUCCCCCAUGAGUGUCUCCACUUCCCUGGCCAUGCUUUCCCUUGGGGCCCGCUCAGCCACCAAGACCCAGAUCCUCCUGAGCCUGGGCUUCAACCUCACCCACACUCCAGAGCCUGCCAUCCACCAGGCUUUCCGGCAUCUGGUCCACUUGUUCACUGUCCCCAGCAAAGCCCUGGGCGUGCAGAUGGGCAAUGUCCUCUUCAUCAAGAAGGAACUGCAGCUGCAGGCAAACUUCUUGGACAACGUGAAGAGGCUGUAUGAGGCUGAAGUCUUCCCUACAGACUUCUCCAACCCAUCCAAGGCCCAGGCGAGGAUCAACAGCUAUGUGAAAAAGGAGACCAAAGGGAAAGUCAAGAACUUAGUCCAAAACCUUGACCCUCUGACAGCCAUGGUGCUGGUGAACCACAUUUUCUUUAAAGCCAAAUGGGAGAAACCCUUUCACCCUGUGGAUACAAAGAAAAGCUUUCCAUUCCUCCUGGGCAAGGGAACCACUGUGCCCGUCCCCAUGAUGCGCCAGAUGGAGCAGUUUUCUUUCGGAGUGGAUCCAGAGCUGGACUGCUUUGUGCUACAGAUGAACUACAGGGGAGAUAACAUGGCCUUCUUUGUCCUUCCUGGCAAGGGCAAGAUGAGGCAGCUGGAACAAGCCUUAUCAGCCCAGAGACUGAGAAAGUGGAGACACUCACUCCAGAAGAGGUGGAUAGAGGUGUUCAUCCCCAAAUUUUCUAUUUCUGCCUCCUACAAUCUAGAAACCAUCCUCCCAAAGAUGGGCAUCUGCAACGCCUUUAACAAAAAUGCCGAUUUUUCCGGAAUUGUAAAGAGAGACUUCCUGCAGGUUUCUAAAGCCACCCACAAGGCUGUCCUGGACGUCGGUGAGGAGGGUACCGAGGCUGUAGCAGCUACUGCCACCAAGCUGAGGAUGGCCCCAGCUUGGCCGUGGCUGCUCACAGUGGGAAUCCUGGCCUCUAUCGAGUGUCAGCCCCUUUCCCACCAUGAAGAUCAGAGUCUUGGAGGACUACAACCCCCCAGUCAUCAGCUCUCAGAGCCAGCCCCUACCUAUCACAAAAUCAUGCCCACCAUUACCAAUUUUGCCUUGCGUUUGUAUAAGCAGCUGGCAGCAGAUACUCCCGGAAACAUCUUCUUCUCCCCCGUGAGCAUCUCUACCACUCUAGCCCUGCUCUCGUUUGGGGCCCAACCUGACAUCUCAACUCAGAUCCUGGAGGGCCUUGGCUUCAACCUCACAGAAACCCCAGAGGAAGACAUCCACCAAAGCUUCAAGAGCCUCAUUCACACCCUAGACCUGCCCAGCCCCAAACUUGAACUAAAAGUAGGCAACUCCCUGUUCCUAGACAAGCACCUAAAGCCUCAGAAGCACUUUUCGGACAGCAUCAAGGAGGUGUAUGGAGCUUUUGUUUUUCCCGCUAACUUCACGGAUUCUGUUACAACAAGGAGGCAGAUUAAUGACUAUGUGAGGAAGCAAACAUAUGGGCAAAUAGUGGACUGCCUCCAGGCGUUCAACCAGGACACACUCAUGGUUCUCUCAAAUUACAUCUUCUUCAAAGCCAAGUGGAAGCAUCCUUUUAAUCGCUACCAGACCCAGAAGCAGGAGAGCUUCUCUGUGGAUGGGAGGACCUCUCUCCAAGUCCCCAUGAUGCACCAAAAGGAAAUGCACAGAUUCCACUAUGAUCAGGAGAUGGCUUGCACUGUCCUCCAGAUAGAGUACAGUGGAAAUGCCCUGGCACUUGUAAUCCUCCCUGACCCAGGGAAAAUGAAGAAGGUGGAGGCUGCUCUACAGCCGGAGACCCUAAGAAAAUGGGGUCAAUUGUUCAUGCCCAGUCUAUUAGAUUUGCAUUUGCCAAGGAUUUCAAUUGCUGGAACAUAUAACCUGGAAGAGAUACUUCCACGAAUUGGUGUCACCAACAUAUUCAACAUAGAAGCUAGCUUAUCAGGCCUUGGUCGGAAGCUCAACACAACUAUCUCUAGGAUGUUACACAAGGCAGCAAUGACCAUGAGUGAGAAGGGAACCGAGGCAACUGCUGCUUCAGGCCUCCUCUCCCAGCCCCCACCUGUGAACAUUACCUCAGUCCCAUCUGCUCAUUUCAACAGGCCUUUCCUGUUGCUCCUCUGGGAGGUGACCACCGAGAGCAUACUCUUCCUAGGAAAAGUUGUUAACCCAGCUGGAAUGUGACUGUGGUAGAGGGUCCAGGGAGUGUCUUUCUUCUUGUCUAAUCCAAACAGAUAGAACAAGCACCAGCCUGCAACCAUGUGGCUGCUAUGUGGAUCAGUUAAUUAGUGUGCCAAGAUUCCAAUAAAGUUGACCCUGGGUUUGUGAACA